AUGGCCUACUCGACUUGGUAUCAGAUGGAUUUUGUGGCCCGUCGCAACAUUGAGCGGCUGACUAAGGAGAAUCAGGCGCACUCACUGGAUUUCGGUGCAAAGUUUUUUUCAAAGUAUCUCAGCGCUACGACACGAAUGUCCAGGCAGAUUGCCACGACGAUCGCCCUCACGCCACGCAUGAGGACGGCUGACUUGAGUGACUUCAGCGUGAUCGAGAAAGAGAUUGCCCCCCUCAUCUUGUCCACGCUCGAGUCCUCCCCCAACGUCAGCUGGUGCCAUUUUCAAACCCACGACGGCCUCAUCACCGGCUACCGCCGGUUUGACGACGGCAGAAUCCGGCACAUUUUUGCCAACCAGUCGAGCGCCCCACCGAGGGACCCCAGCGGAAUCACUAAAGUGCCUUUGUACUUUCAAAGUGUGGACCCGUUUGGCAACCCGACUGCGAAGCCUUUUGCUAUUAUUGGGACCACGGAUUUCAGGUGCACGGAGCCCUACAGGGAGACGAUGACUACAGGCGCCAUGGCUUGGGGUCUCAUCUGGGCAAUGAACACCACCUUGGUCUUCCUAUCUGCGCAAGUGGUUAAGGACCCGGUUAGCAACGCAACCCUGGGGGUUGCCUUCGGGACUUCGACCGCCGACACGCUCACACAGCUGCUCGCGAGCAUUCGGCCGGAGCAUGCGGGGCUCCUGUAUGUUUCUGAGGCGUACACCGAGAAAGUCAUCGCCAGCUCGGACUUGACCGGAACUUACGAUCCCGCGCUAAUGACAUCGUUAGACGUGACUCUGAAAGCCUUGAACACGUCAAACAGGCUCAUGCGCGAGUCCGCGCGCUUUCUCUCGACCCCAGCGGCUCGUCAACAGUGGCCUGCAACGGGGAUCGCGCAGUUCCACAGCGUGCCAUUGGCGGGGGAGGGCUACUAUAUCUCCGGUGCCACUAUGGAGGUGGAAUCCAGAAUCUUGGUUACGGUUAUGGCCGUUCCCAGGUCGGUCAUCUGGGACGACAUUGACCAGACCUCCUUGCGGGAGCUGAUCAUCAUCAGUUCAAUUACGGCCGGGGUCCUAUUGCUAGGUUGCGUGCUAACCGUGCUGCUAACCUGCCGGGUUAGCCGGGAAAUGCUCCUCAGGGCGGAGCUGAUCCACAGUUUGCAGCUCAAGGACCGGGCGGAAAAGGCGUCCGACUACAAGAGCCAGUUCCUGGCGGCCAUGAGCCACGACGUGCGGACGCCCCUCUGCUGCAUCAUCGGGCUCCUCGAGGUGCUGCUAGGCGACGGGCGGCUCCACAGCGAGCAGCGCAGCAGCCUGAAGCAGGUGCGCCUGUGCGCGCUGCAGCUGCUAGACCUCCUCAAGUCCAUCCUGGACCUCCACAAGGUUGAGUCCGGCAAGCUGAGCCUGGAGGCGGGCCCGUUCGACCUGGGCCAGGAGCUGGAGGCGCUGGUGGACAUGUUCGCGGUGCAGUCCGCCAAAAAGGGCGUCGCACUAGUUCUCGACCUGGACGACGGCGUUCCGCGGAGAGUCGUCGGGGACUGCGCGCGCGUGCGGCAGAUCCUGGCGAACCUGGUGGGCAAUGCAGUGACGUUCACGAAUGAGGGCCAUAUAGUGGUUCGAGCUUCGGUUCUGCCCGAUUCGCCCGCUACCACAUCAACGCCAAAGCCCAUCCACAAAGUGUUCCGAACGUUGAUUCGAGUCGCGUCGAAGAAACUGUCCAGCAGAGUUGAGAGUUUGAGGAGGACAACGAUCGUCUUCGAAGUGGACGACACCGGCGUCGGGAUUCCACCCAGCCGGCGGACGGAAGUCCUCGGGAGCUUCACCCAGGGGUCCCGGCACAGCGGCGGAUACGGUCUGGGCCUCGCAAUGGUGAAAAACCUGGUCUCCCUCAUGGGGGGCGCCAUUCGAAUUGAGGACAAAGCAGAGCCCGGGAGUCUCUUCCGGUUCCAUAUCGUGCUCGGGCUUCCGCCGGAAGACUCCCCCGACGGCAACGGAAGCUUUUUCGGCACACCGGAAGCGGCGUUCAAAGCGCUCGGGAACCAAGCAACCGGGGCAAAGUCAUCGCAAGUCGCGGCGCUGCCGUCCGCAGCGGAACCUCGACGGCCGGAAGUCCGACGGAUGUCCUCCACCGCGUCUGCGUCCGACUUUCCGCGCAGAGAACGUUCCAUUCUGUCUCGUGUCGAAGGGACCACCGUCUUGCUCCUGAAGGGGGAUCCCGCGGGGCGCGCCGCGGCCGCGGCCUGGAUGACGCGGCGGGGCUUGAGGGUUCACGUGGCCGAGCGGUGGGGCGGCCUGCGGGAGACGUUCACCCAAUUGCUCAGCAGCAAGCACAGCGCCCGUAUCGAGACUGUGGACGAAGAUGCGGACCUUUCGACUGACAGGGACGGACGUCCGCAGUGUAGUGCGAGCAACAGUACCCAGAUCCGGAAGCCCUCCCGGUUGUGGCCGAGCGAAAGCGACGCGACGCCAAGCGAGAUAGCGCCGCCGGGCCCCCAACUCUUUGUGCAGCCUCCUCGAGAAAGCGGUUCGAGCAAGCAAAGCAACCGGGGCAAUUUCUCCGGGUCCCUGCUCCUGAUUCUCGACACGUCAGUUGUGCCCGGGUUCCCGUGCCCCGAGGCGUUAUCCGUCACACUACGCUCCCUCCUGGGAGACUACGAUCGGACGGCCCCGAACGCGCCACGUGUCGCCGUCGCGUGGCUCGUCUCCUUCGCGCUGCCCGGGGCGAUGUACGAGGAGAUGCGCGCGGCCUCCGGGUGCGGCAUCAUAGCGUAUGACGUGCUCCACCCGUCGCGGCUGCUGUCCCUGCUAACCGCCAUGCUUAGCGACAACCGGAAUCCGGACGCCCUUCUGGGGACUGCAGUCCCGGCGUCGCCCCCAGUGGAGUCCGAAAACGGGUUACCGAAAGGCCGCCCGUUUAGAAAACCGGUCGUUAUGACGGAAGACGAGAGGCAAGAGCUUAUGAUCCAAUCGGGCAUAGCGUUCGCUGCGACCCGCGGUGCGGUCGAUGAGAAGGGGCCCGAAACUCCAACGGAUUGGCGGACACCCUCCCUUUUUGCUGAAAGAACCGCGUCCGCAAGCUCUGAAACCCGGACGAUGACAACUAGAUUGGCUACAAUGAGCAUAAGGGAGCCCCGGGCCGCAAACCCACCGCCGGCAGAAGCGAGCGUCAGUCAAGAGGUGACCGGUGAGAAGCAACCGGGUAAGGUCAAGGCGACUGGCAAACCUGGAGGGGAGCCCGGGGGAGAGGGCCUGCCGCUCGCGGGUGUGCACAUUUUGAUCGUGGAAGAUACGGUACUGCUGCGAAAGCUGGCGACGACGAUUCUGACCAGAGUCGGGGCGCGUGUGUUUGCGGUCGAGAACGGGCGGCAGGCGGUGAACGCCAUCUUGGCCGCGAUGGAGCUCCAACUGAACGCCCAAAAAGCCCCUCCCUCGCUGUCCGAAUUUGGACCCCCCGCGGACGCCCUGGCCGAGGCCUUGCGGACGUCCGGCUGCUUCGAUCUAGUUCUCAUGGACUGCCAGAUGCCGGUGCUGGACGGCUACGGCGCCACGACCGAGAUCCGGGAACUAGAGAAGGGGGAGAAAGUGCACGUGCCCAUCGUAGCUUUAACGGCGCACGCAAUGGCGACUGACAAAGAGAAGUGCCUGGGGGUCGGGAUGGACGGGUACCUCACGAAACCGAUCAACAUGCCGUUGCUGGUAAGCACCAUCAAGAGCUUCGUCAAGCAAGGAGCGCUGACGUAA